UACAGACAAUCUUCUUCUCUCUGGAAAUGGCAUCCAUAUCUCUUAUGACCAGUCCAAACUUCACUCCGACGACUUGCUCCGACGCCAUUUCUCUCAGCCGGAACAAUCCAAGUCGCUCUGUUCUCUGUUUCAGGUUCAAAACCCAUAACCCAUCAUUUCUCCUCCAAAAAUCUCCAUUCACCGCCGCCAUCUCCUGUUCAGCAGCCAGCCGUAGCAAUGGAAGUCGACCGGAAUACAUACCCAACAAAAUUUCCGAUCCAAACUAUGUCCGGAUAUUCGACACCACCCUCCGCGACGGCGAACAGUCGCCUGGCGCCACCAUGACAAGCAAGGAAAAACUAGAUAUUGCCCGUCAGCUUGCAAAGCUAGGUGUUGAUAUCAUAGAGGCUGGUUUCCCUGCAGCUUCAAAAGACGACCUUGAAGCAGUGAAAUCCAUAGCUAAAGAAGUUGGAAACACAAUUGAUGAAAAUGGGUACGUUCCAGUCAUCUGUGGCCUGGCUAGAUGCAACAAGAAAGAUAUAGACGCUUCGUGGGAGGCUGUUAAAUAUGCGAAAAGGCCUCGAAUUCACACGUUCAUUGCCACUAGCGAAAUCCAUAUGAAGUACAAGCUGAAGAAAACGAAAGAAGAGGUAAUUGAGAUAGCUCGAAGUAUGGUUAGUUAUGCUAGGAGUUUGGGUUGUGAUGAUGUUGAAUUCAGCCCUGAAGAUGCUGGAAGGUCUGAUAGGGAGUUUCUAUAUCAGAUUCUUCGCGAAGUAAUCAAAGCAGGGGCGACGACACUAAACAUUCCGGAUACAGUUGGCUAUACAUUGCCUUCUGAAUUUGGACAAUUGAUUGCUGAUAUAAAAUCCAACACUGUUGGAAUAGAAAAUGUGAUCAUUUCCACACAUUGUCAGAAUGAUUUGGGUCUUUCGACUGCCAACACUUUGGCUGGAGGCUUUGCAGGUGCGAGACAAUUGGAAGUGACGAUAAAUGGUAUUGGUGAAAGAGCUGGAAAUGCUUCUUUGGAGGAGGUCGUUAUGGCGAUUAAAUGUCGUGGAGAGCAAAUCUUGGGAGGUCUUUAUACAGGGAUCAAUGCACAACAUAUUGUUAUGACAAGCAAGAUGGUUGAAGAGUAUAGUGGUUUACAAGUCCAGCCACACAAGGCUAUAGUUGGGGCUAAUGCUUUUGCACAUGAAAGUGGUAUUCAUCAAGAUGGAAUGCUUAAACACAAAAACACAUAUGAGAUUAUAUCUCCCGAGGAUAUUGGUCUUAACAGGUCUAAUGAAUCUGGUAUUGUCCUUGGAAAACUCAGUGGGCGGCAUGCAUUCAAGUCUCGAUUGUCCGAGCUUGGGUAUACUAUUGAUGGUAAAGAACUGGAUGAUCUCUUUUGGCGUUUCAAAGAUGUAGCCGAAAAGAAGAAGGUUAUAACCGACGAUGAUCUGAUGGCGUUAGUGUCGGAUGUAGUUUUCCAGCCAGAAGUUGUGUGGAAACUCGGAGAUGUUCAGGUUACAUGUGGAACCCUAGGUCUUCCUAUGGCAACCGUGAGACUGAUUGAUGCAAAAGGAGAUGAACAUAUUGUCUGUGCAAAUGGAACCGGUCCUGUCGAUUCAGCCUACAAAGCAGUUGAUCUGAUAGUAAAGAAACCUGUAACACUUUUGGAGUACUCAAUGAAUGCUGUCACAGAGGGAAUCGAUGCUAUAGCUACCACUAGAGUCAUGAUUCGAGAAGAAAAUGUCCAAAACGUUACUACACGUGCUACUGGGGAAACUUUGAAUCGUACUUUCAGUGGAACUGGAGCAGGAAUGGAUAUUGUUGUGUCCAGUGUUCGAGCUUAUGUCAAUGCUUUGAACAAGAUGUUGGGUUUCAAUAGCAGUAGUAUUGACAGGAAAGUUGGUGCAGAAGCUUCUCAGCGUUCGACCUAACGAUAGAUAAAGAUCUCGAUUUCUUGGUGUAAACUUGUGGUAUCAAUUUCCAUUUGUCUAUAUAAACUUGUUUUUCAGUACAAAUCCAAUAACCCAUAAUGGGUUAUUGCUUUUGUGGCAAUAAGAUGUUGUCAUGUCCUGUUUUUUUAGGUUGUUUUUAAACUGAAAUUUAAUGUAAUUGUCCAUGGGUAUUUAUUAGACUUGUUGUUGUUGUGAUUAAUAACGAUUUGGGCAUGAAAAUGGCUUCAAAGAUUAUUAUGAGUGCUAUUUGUUUUGGCUUC